CACGCAGCCCCCUUCAUAAUGUCAAGCAUCUAUUAAAGUCUACAAAGCCACCUACUACACCAUAAUAAUCCAAACUUUACAAUAUAAUACUCCAUCCUUUGUUAACAAUCAUUUUCCAUCAUCAUCAUCCACCAUCACAGCUUCAUUUCCUCUCCUCUAUCUCUGUCGGCAGCAAGCUAAGGAAGAAUAAAAACUUCAACUCCAUGGUUGCAUGUUAAGAAAGAAGGAGCAAGAAGAAAUAGCCAAAGUUUUCACCAAAAUCCUGAAACCAAAACACAUCAGUCCACUUUGAGGAACAUUCGGAAGGUAUCGUAGAGAAGGUUCGGUGUUGAAAUAUUGAAGUUAAUGAGUUAAUCGUCGGAACCGUUGUUCACCGGAGUAUUCAAAAUUUCUGGACAGCAACUUUCCCUUGACUUCAGGUAAAUCGUCCGAUUUACGCUAUCUCACAUAUGAUAACUCAAAAUAAUUUCUACACGAAAGUUAUAGCCUUACAUCUUAGGAAUCCACAGAACCAAACGGUGUGCAAUUCCGUGACGAAACGAUGGAGAUAUGCCCAAAAUACGGCAGGCUGUCCAAUUGUGACGGAAAUGACAAAGUUGGCAAAUUUCGAUGUUGUUUCCACUCCUGCUCAUCCUUAAGAUUUCAACCAAUGAUUUCCAGGUCUGUACCUUUGCGUUAGACUUGUCGAAUCGUUCAUCACAUUCGUACAUGAACAUAUAUAUUAAUCCAUAUGUUGAAAUCAUCCCAAAAUAUAUAUGUGAUGCAUAUACAAGUCAUCUAUAUGUUAAGACCAAGAUACACCAAAUCCAUAAAGUUAAAAUAUAUAUACAUAAGUAUAUAUAAACAUUUGAAAUCAACCCAACAACAUGUAUAUGCUAAUUAAAGGUGUUUAAAAGACUUAAAGAAGUAUUUUGGACACUCAAAAUAUCAAGAGAAAGAUUCGCAGACCCAAUCGGUCGAUGCAAACGGUCGACCGUCGUGUUAAACUUCGAAACGGACCACGACUGUCAGCAGAACGGUCGACCACCGUCGGCGAACGGUCGACCGCCGCCCGUCCAGCCGAAGUCCGCCAUCCGCAGCCAGUGAACAACGGUCGACCGCCGGUCAACCGCGGUCGACCGUCACGGUACACCAGAAUCCGACGAAUUGAAUUAAAGCACGGUCGACCGCCGUGCCAAACGGUCGACCUUUCUGAGCCGAGUAGCUUGACUAAAUGAUAUUUUAAUCAUGUUUCAACCAAAUAAACUUAUGCAUGAUUAUAUAUUCAUAAAUAUUACAAAUUGUUCAUAAGAUAUCAUUCAUAUCAUCAUAUAUAUUGUAGCAUAUCACAUCAUAUGCAUGCGUAAGAGAUCAUGCCUAGUGCGUCUCUUGCAGCGUGAUUGUGCGGGAUUUAGUAGUCCGACAUCAUAGGUUCGGGCUUAGUGUACGUACAUGGUAUUCAGGCUUCCGAGUACCACCCCUAUUUUUCUAGUCUCACCUCAUUGAAAGGUAACCACGGUAGGGAGGGCAGCAGAAAUACAAAAAUUUAAUCUCCCAAUAGUGAUUACUAGCCCAAGAACACGUACUAAAACUAUAGCUAGAGAUAGAAAGUUAUACCUUCUCCGGUAAAGCGGUAUGAACGAGAAGUCGAGCAAAAGGUAUUGAAGGAGCAAACGUAGCCGUUCAAUCGUCCGGCCUCCAACUUUGACACACGAACAAUCUCCGGAGUCUACUAUAAUCGUUAUGCUAGUAAAGAUUAUAAUAGUAUAUUUAAUAUAAAGAUUAUUUAAGGGAUAAUAUAAAUCUUGUAUAUUAAAUACUAGAAAAUAUAUAUAUCAAUAAUAUUUUAAGGAAAAUAUUUUCUAUACCCAAAAUAAUAAUUUUGGAAACCAAAAUUAUUUUCUCUCUCUUGCUACUAACCAUGGCCGAAAAUGGAGUCUCCUUUGAGGGUAAUAAAAACUUUCAUUUUAUAAAAGUGAUAAAACAUAACCAAUGACAAAAGGCCAAAGUAGUUUUGUCAAAGGCACCUCCUCCACACAAUUCAAAGUGGGAGACAAGCCACAUCCCUAAAGCUUGUACGAAAAGGUGAAGGGGGGAAGAACUCAAUUCUUCUCCCCUCAAAAGUUCAAAGUGUACUUUAUUUGACAUCAAUAAUUUUUAUGAUAUAAA